GACCUGGUGCUGUGGAUUCUACACUAUGGCUUCUCCUAGCAAGGCAGUGAUUGUUCCCGGGAACGGAGGCGGGGAUGUGGCCACCCACGGCUGGUACGGCUGGGUGAAAAAGAGGCUGGAGCAGAUACCUGGUUUCCAGUGUUUGGCUAAAAACAUGCCUGACCCAAUUACCGCUCGAGAGUGCAUCUGGCUGCCCUUCAUGGAGACGGAGCUGCAGUGUGAUGAAAAGACCAUCAUUAUAGGCCACAGUUCCGGGGCCAUUGCAGCCAUGAGGUGUGAUUCUUAUUGA